GCAGAGUAGUAACCUGACCAGAUUAUCUUGGAUGUUGAUUUCUUGAAUCUGACCUGAUUCACGAUUUCGAGACCAAAUGGGACUCCUUCUUCCCCUCUAAUUACGGAAUAUGCCCCUCAAAACUCAAUCUUUUAGAUUAAGCUCCAUCUGUUUCUCUCAAUAAAUACGAAAAAAGUAAAAUUCCCAAAACCCCUAAAAAUAAUCCCUUUCCUUUCUCAAAAGCCCCUUGCUUUGUCUCUCUUUUCUCAGUCGCCAUCGUUUUCCCGAGAAAAUUAGAUAUUUUCCGGGAAAAUCAGAUCAAUUUUGUGGAAUGGGCGAGGAGGGUGCGCUGCCGGACCAUCUGCGGUGCGGCCGGACGGACGGCCGGAAAUGGCGGUGCAAGCGGAGGGUCAUGGACGACAUGAAGCUCUGCGAGAUUCACUAUCUCCAAGGCCGUCACCGUCAGUUCAGAGAGAAAGUCCCCGAGUCACUCAAGCUCCAGAGGACGCCCAAAAACGCGGGGGACAAAGAUCAAAACGGCAGCGGCAACGGCGGCGGAGUCAAAAUUAGGGCACGGAAAGUGGAGAAUUUGGUGAAGCUGCUGAAGCGGAAGCGAUCCGACGAGGCGGUGAAGAAUUGCAAGAAGAAGAAGCGGAAGGUGAAGUUGAAGAAGAGUGAGUUGAAUUUGGAGCUCAUACGGAUGGUGCUGAGGAGGGAGGUCGAGAAGCGGAACCAGACGACUACGAAGAAGAAGAAUGUUGUGGAGGAGGAGAGUGAGGAUGGUGAUGAGGACGACGAUGACGGCGGCGGUGAUUUCACCAGAGACUUGCCUAAUGGCCGAAUGGCAAUCUCUUCAUCUUCCUCGCAGUCGCCGAGGCUAAGGUCCGGCAAUGCAGGUUCCAAUUCGUCUUCUGAUGGGAAGGUCGGGGCUGAUUUGCCUCCGGUUGCUACGCGGCGGAGGUGCUUUCGGUCAAAGAACAUCGAGCCAGUUCCUGCUGGCACAUUGCAGGUUCUUCCAUAUAAUGUGGGGAGGUUGAGGAAAGGUAAGAGGAGAAGGUGCCAUUGGUGUCGAAAAAGAGGGAGCGGUGUUUCUUCUGCUCUAAUUAAGUGUUCGAGUUGCCAGAAGCACUUCUUUUGCUCGAAUUGCAUCAAAGAAAGGUACUUUGAUACAAAGGACGAAGUCAAAAUGGCAUGCCCAGUCUGUCGAGGAACUUGCCCCUGUAAGGAAUGCUCUGAAAAUCAAUCAAAAGAAGCGGAAAGUAAGGAUUAUUUGGGGGUUAAGAAUAAAGUUGAAGUAAUACUACAGUUCCAUUAUCUGAUUUGUAUGCUUCUUCCCGUGCUAAAACAAAUAAACCAAGAUCAGAAAGUUGAGCUAGAAGCAGAGGCAAAAAUGAGAGGGGAAAAGCUAUCUGAAGUUCAUAUCAAGCAGGCUGAAUAUAGCUGCAACGAACAACACUGCUGCAAUAAAUGCAAAGCUUCAAUAGUGGAUCUCCAUAGAAGCUGCCCAAAUUGUUCCUAUAACCUUUGUCUAAGUUGCUGUCGAGAUCUUUUAGGUGGGAGCCUUUUUGGUGGUAUAAACACAACUCUCAUGAAGCAGGCUAACAAAAAGAAAACUUGCGUCUCUCGUAAGGGGCAACUUGUAAAGAAGCCAAUAACCACCCAUAAGCAAAGUUUCCGCAGUUCGUACCCUUCUUCUGCAUCAGUACCUAGCUUGAAAUCUUGUAAUGCUGUUAAUGGUAUAUCUUGCCCACCCAAGGAGCUUGGAGGUUGUGGUGACAGCCUCCUUGAUUUGAGAUGUGUUUUUCCAUUAAGUUGGAUCAAAGACCUAGAAGUAAGUGCAGAAGAAAUAGUAUGCAGCUAUGAAUUUCCAGAAACUGCUGACAUGUCUUUGUGCUGUCCACUAUGUUUGGGAGUGGACCAGAAAACUGAUGGGAUUCAACAGUUGCAAGAAGCUUCAGUGAGAGAGAACUCAAACGAUAACUACUUGUACUACCCAACGCUGUUGGGCACAAAUGGUGAUAAUGUUGAGCACUUUCAGAAGCACUGGAGUAAAGGUCAUCCUGUAAUAGUCCGAGAUGUACUUCAAACUACAUCAGAUUUGACUUGGGAUCCAGUGUCCAUGUUCUGCACUUAUCUUGAAGGGAGCAUUGCUAGAUAUGAGAAUAACACAAAUUCAAAUGAAGCUAUCCACUGCUUGGAUUGGUGCGAGGUGGAACUUGGAAUCAGGCAGUAUUUCAUGGGUUCAUUAAGGGGGCAGGCCCAACGAAAUGUAUGGAAUGAGACACUGAAGUUGAAGGGUUGGCUUUCUUCGCAGUUGUUUCAGGAACAAUUUCCGGUUCAUUACGCUGAAGUAAUACGAGCUCUACCACUUCAAGAAUACAUGAAUCCCAUGUCUGGUCUUUUAAAUCUUGCUGCUAGGAUGCCACAAGAAAUCCCAAAACCUGAUCUAGGUCCGUGUGUUUAUAUAUCAUACGGCUGCACUGAGCAACUUGUACAAGCUAAUGCAGUGAUGAAGCUAUGUUAUGACUCAUAUGAUGUGGUUAACAUUUUGGCACAUACAUCAGAUGUCCCUAUCUCUGAUGAACAAGUUUCAAAAAUAAGAAAGUUACUGAAAAAGCACAAGGCUCAAUAUCAGAGGGAGGUUUCUAGGGUUACUUGUGAACAAUUUGUGGCAAAAAAAGACAAUGGAGAAUCAUUAUUGUUUAGUGAAACCAUGAAAGAAGCAGGGCUACAUAAUGUGAUCGGAGAGGAGAUGCAUUUACGCAAAAGAAUUGCUAGAGAGUCUUGCUUCUCCACGCAUGAAGCAUGCACAGAUGCUGAUACAUCUGAUUCUGAUACUGAUUCUGAAGCCACACUAAGUAGCUCUGGGAGACUUCAUGAUGCUGAAACAUCUAAAGAUACAAAGUGUGAGGUUCUGGUCGACAGCUGCAAUAGCUAUGAAAAGCAAACCUUGGACAAGUCUUGUGGUGCCCAAUGGGAUGUGUUUCGCAGACAAGACGUCCCAAAACUUAUAGAAUAUCUCAGAAGGCACUCUAAUGAAUUCGCUCGUAAAUUUGACUUUCAUAAGCAUGUUGUUCAUCCCAUUCUUGAUCAGAGUUUCUUUCUAGACUCAAGUCACAAAUUAAGGCUCAAGGAGGAAUUUAAAAUUGAGCCUUGGACUUUCGAGCAACACAUAGGAGAAGCUGUUAUCAUACCUGCUGGAUGCCCAUAUCAGAUUAGGAAUUCUAAGAUAAGUUUAUUGUUUCCGCCAAUUAUCACAAUAUUGGACAUUCUGUUUCUUUUGACAUGCAGUCUUGUGUGCAUGUGGUGCUGGACUUUGUAUCACCCGAAAAUGUUGCCGAGUGCAUCCAGUUAACUGAUGAAGUCCGUCUGCUUCCAGCAGACCAUAAAGCAAAAGUUGACAAGCUAGAGGUGAAGAGAAUGGCCCUUAAUAGUAUUAGUUCAGCAAUCAAAGAAAUACGUGAGCUUACUUGUGCAAUGUAAGUGCCCCUGCUGAGGAAGACAUUUAUCUCCUCGUGCUUCCAACAUUUAGCACCUGCAGAAUUUUCAGAAAAAAUAAAACAAAUGGAGAUUCUUCCUUGGACAUGUCAAGAUGUUGCAUGACAGUUGGGAUUUUAAACGAUUGUCGAGUAUCCGCUGCCUGUUUGUAAAUGUUGCGUUGCUGAGGCUCUAGGUCCCCAAAUUGUUGGACUCUAUCCAUAUUCAAAUAAAAGGUAAUGGUUAGAUGAUCACGGCUAUAUCUUCAAGGAACAUCUGGAAACUUCAUCAGCUGUAGAUCGUGGAGAGGCUACUUUCAUUUGUUUUGAUUCUAUAAUACAGAGAGGUGUAUAUACAUUCUUCAUUUGUUGCGGUUGCGAUAAAAGAGCUAAGCGUUAUUGUUCCUUCCCAGCAGAGAACAAGAAGCAGAAGGAAUGGGAAGCAUUGAUCUUACAUCAGACGGGAAUGUUUCUCGAAACCCUGCUUCAUUACCCAGCAAGUAGCGUCUGAGUACAUGCUGGUAUAAUUUCAUUUCACGACAUAUAACCAUGAUGUUUUCCGAUCCUUUAUGGCAUAGAACAUUCGAGUCUGAGUCACUACUGAACGCUUUUCGGAUGGCACGAGAACUAGCGAGCGAAAACUAACUUUUCGAGUGUAGCUAUUGUAGCUUUUAAUGGUCAAGUCAUUAGGGUAACGGUUUCGUCUAUUCCGUACGUUUUUGUUCACUCUAUUCCUCGUAACUAGCUGUUUUUGUUCACUCUAUUCCGUUGCAUUGAAAUCUUGCGAUUUGAUUGAUUCUA